AUCAUCGAUAACCGAGGCGCCGGCAACUUGCUUCCUCGCUCCUUCGCGUGGACGACCGUUCGAGAUCCAGCCUAGAUAGCGCCUGUAAAUUUAUUGAGAAACGUUAAUGUAUGAUAUUCGUUCGAGUGGAAUCGUCUGAAAUGCAUAGAUGUAUCGUGGCUUAACCAUUUCGCUAGUAACACGAUGACAACUUUAUUUUCUCACCUUGCAGCUGCGUCUGUUAAAAUUACUGUACCCGUCUGUAGAAGCAAAGGUUAGAACUUGAAGAGGAAAUAAUUCGAUUGCAAGUUCAAUUUACAUUAGAGUGAACCAUACUAAAGAUAAAUGUCGGCAAACAUCUGGGCCCAAGCAAGCUUAAGAAGCUUGGAAAUGAUAAAUCGAAAAGCCCGGUCUAAACUUCUCCGACUUGUCCAAUUGCAAAAGCUUUCGAAACUAUAUUUUUAAAAACAUCGAUAAUUCUCCUCCGAUGGUCAAUACAGAUACAUUAACGUGAGACAUCUAAACGGGAUGCUAGCAACUCUUUAAACAUAUUUACCUUCAUACUACGAACCUUAAGUCCGUGUCCAUAUUGAUGUCAAUGUGAGAACUAACAAAGCGGUACACUUAGAUAAGUACGAACUACGAUUCAUGUGUACGCUUGUAUAUGAACUACGUACACGUGCUUAUUUACAUCCCGAAGUAGGUACUUGCGAAUAAGUACUUAUCAAGGAUUAUCAAUUUUCGAAAGUCGGAAGAUUAUGUCAGAAAUGGAUCUAUCGUUGUUAAGAAGUAAAUUUCGUGGUUCUAUGCUGGGUGCUUUAAUCGGCGAUUGCCUAGGUCGCCCCUAUGAAGAUGAACAACUAACGACCGGCAUGAAAAUAGUUUUACAACGAUCUUUCGAUAAAUUAGAGGGACCGAUGUUUAAAGCUCCUGUUAUGCCGUUUACCGAUGAUUCUGCGAUGACUUACUCUCUGGCCAAAUCUUUAGUGGAAACAAAAGAAUUAGAUGUCAUUGAUUUAGCAAAACGAUUUGUCAAGAGUUACUAUCAAGAACCUAAUCGUGGCUAUGGUCCUGCUGUUGUAACAGUAUUUCAAAAGCUUCGUGGUAACAAGUUUACGGACAUUGUAAACCCAGCAAAGAACCAAUUUAAUGGUCAAGGUUCAUGGGGAAAUGGAGGAGCAAUGAGAGUAACACCUAUUCCAUUGUUUUGUUAUCAAAAUUUUGAUAAACUUGUCGACAUUACUAGAAAAUGUACUCAACUGACUCAUACUCAUAAAGUAGGAAUAGAUGGUGCCAUUUUACAAGCAGCAGCAGUUCAACAGAGUCUAUUACUAAAUCCUAAGGAAGAACUGAAUGUUGUUAGCUUUAUCGAUGAUUUGAUUGAUAAAAUGGACCAAAUAGAGACAGAUGAAGAGGGUUUAGGUCUGUCAGAACCACAACCCUAUAAACUACAAUUGAGUAUAUUGAAAAACUUGAUAUUAGAAAAUGGCGAAGGUCCACACGAAGAAAAAGUAGUUCAACAAUUGGGAAAUAAUGUUGCAGCUUUAUAUUCGGUACCAACAGCUAUAUUUUGUUUCUUAAGGGCACAGAAACCAAUUACUGACAUACAGACAGAGAAUCCUUUUAGAAGGGCAAUUCAAUAUGCUAUUAGUUUAGGUGGUGAUACAGAUACUAUUGGUAGUAUGACUGGUGCAAUUGCUGGAGCGUUUUAUGGAGAGGAAAAAAUAAACUCAAACCUUCUGCAGCAUUGUGAAGCUUCAGAAGAAUUUAGGAACUUGUCUGAUCUAUUAUUCAAUGUAACAAUAGGACAGUAGAAAUAUUAACUUUUAAUAUAAUAAUACGAUUAUUAUUUUAAUUAUUCGCAGAAGCUAAUAAAAUUGUAAUAAUUCCAUUAAAAAUUAUGAAAACACUUUUAUAAGUUUAUAUUGUAACAGUCAUUUAUAAUGUUGUACGUUUUUACAU